AAAAUGGUGAGCAUGCGCGUCGUCGAAGAAUCCAGUAAAUAGAACCCCGGAGCACGAGCCGAGUGUCGUUGCUGACGUCACGGCCGUACGUUGAGAGCUGGAGCUGAGUUGUAAGCGCGAGCUCAGACGGAGGCGCGCCGAGGGAACAGCUACAGCUAUGGUGCUCUGUUCUUCUUCGUGAGGACGAAAUCAGCCACUUUUAUUCUCGUUGACGUAUUUUUCCGUCUUCUCUGCGACGUAAACAAGCUGUCGGACAUUUUGAAAUCGCUUCGGGGAUACAAUAUGUCCUCCACGGCGGUCGCUGCCUCCAGAAGGCAGUCCUGUUAUUUAUGCGACUUGCCCCGCAUGCCGUGGGCGAUGAUCUGGGAUUUUACCGAACCCGUCUGCCGUGGAUGUGUGAACUACGAAGGUGCCGACCGGAUUGAAUUCGUUAUCGAGACUGCCAGGCAGCUAAAGAGAGCACACGGCUUUCAGGACGGCCGCUCUCCGGGCCCGGGGAAACCCCAGCACGCCGGGAAAGAGAUCAAUCACUCGGUUGGAGACCCGGGCUCCCGUCCCCCUCAACCUCUGGAUCGUUAUCCGCUGUCAGACAGGCCGCCGCGGCUGGGCCCGGAGUACCAGGCGGGCAGGCAGUCGAACGGCCUCCCGAUGCCCAACGGAUUUCCCAAACCCGACGAGCCCCCUGAGCUAAACCGCCAAAGCCCCAACCCCCGCAGGACUAGCACGGUUCCUCCCAGCUUGGUGCCUUUGGUAAACGGCGGGAUACCUGCCAUACAUCCGCUCAGCGGCCGCCCGACACAGAUCGGUCUGACCGGCGCUCUGAUCGCGCCUGUCCCCGGGGAGCACGGCAAGCGCCCGGAGGAGCUGAAAGACAAGCACCGGGCGGACAGCAUGUCGGACAUGUCGGACAGCCACAAGGACUGGAUAAACAAAGGCAAAACUGUCAGGGACCUGAUGCUGCACACGUUCGACGGCAGGGUAAAGAAGGACCACACCGCCAUGCAGCGGGUCAUGGCGUACGAAAUGAGUGGCACUUCCUCAAAAACAGACAGGGGGAAGCACCCUCGGCCUGGGAAGAGGAAGGCCUCCCCUGAGCCAGAUGGUGAGAGCAGUGCCCCCAAGAUGAAUGGCAGUGAGGGCCAGCCAUGGCUCCCCUCACCCUCUGAAGUCCUGAAGAUGCCCCCAGCUGCCCUACCAGGCUUCUCUGCGGCGCCUCCAUCAACCAUCUCCCCCCACUCUCGCACCACACCGCCUGAGGCUGCCACAGCGCAGAAUGGCCAGUCCCCCAUGACUGCACUCAUCCUCGCCACUGACAACGCAGGCAGCACCGGCUCACCUAAGGACAGCAGCCAGGUACAUUCCACCGUGGCGGGGGCACGACGGAACAGCGGGAGCCCCCUCUCACCCUCACAGAGGAGGCUGGCCCAGAGAGAGGGGCCCGUGAGCGCCAACCCCUCCGCUCCGCAUGGUCCCGGCAGUAUGGAGCCACCGCCGCAGAGCAUUCCGGAUUCCUCUGUGCCACCGAGCAGCAUGCCGCUGUGUUGCACUCUGUGCCAUGAGCGGCUAGAGGACACUCAUUUUGUCCAGUGCCCUUCAGUGCCCUCUCACAAGUUCUGUUUCCCCUGCUCCCGGGAGAGCAUCAAGCAGCAGGGGGCCACCGGCGAGGUGUACUGUCCCAGUGGUGAAAGGUGCCCGCUGGUUGGCUCCAAUGUACCCUGGGCCUUCAUGCAGGGGGAAAUAACCACCAUAUUGGCCGGAGAUAUAAAGGUAAAAAAGGAGCGGGACCCUUAAAAAGUUCUCAGACUGCUUCUCGUGAACUUUUUUCCCUCUUGUAACCCAAGUAUGGCAACAACAGCAGGACAUAAAGUAACAGACGCAGCUCACCCAGCAAACCUCAGAGGAGCUGGCAGACAUGUACAUAGUGAACGCAGGGGAGUGUAUACUUCAUAAAUGUGGCAGUAAAAUUUGACUUUUUUCUUUAAUACAUUGUUUCUUACUGUGUUUCCAGUAAGACUUUUCCUUUUUCCCACCACAGCUGUUUCUUCUCAGUCUGUCGUUGUACUUUAGGUCUGCAGACAGUCCCUGUCGAGCAUAGAAUGUGACUAAUUUGAGCACUUGGCAAAAUCCUUUAAUAAAUAAAACAAAAAAUGCUUCUAGCUGUACAUGUAUGCACUUGUUUAAGAAAAAAACUUGCCAAAUACAGUUUCAGACCUUGUAAUAAUACCCCCAGUGUCUCUGUGGUUUGCUUAUUUUCCAUAAUCCUGGAGUUGGUCGGAGAGUCAUGGCCUGAUUGUGAAUCAGUCAUGAUGCAAUCCCUCCCAGCAGGAACAAACUGGCUUCCAGGGAACAGUGGGUGGAAGGGGAAAAGUCAGGGAGCGAGGGAGAUGGAAGAGGGGGGAUGAAGGCCGCAGUAGAAGUGCGUUGCAUAAAUGUACUGUAAAUCGCACGUGGGCGAGCCGAGGCUGCUCGGCGCUGAGGCCUCGUGCCCUGUGAGUGCGGGGGGAGAUAAGGAGGGCCUAAAAAUAGUCACUGUGGCUUCAAAGUGACGCCCGCUCAGGCGUUUGUUGAUGUCAAAACAACUGCCUAAUAUGUCCUGUUUGGGCACUUUGUUUGGAUCUAGAGGUUUUCUCUUUGCUUCUCCCUCAUCGACCCAAAUCAGCCUGACAUCUCGUCAGAUGCUGGCAGCAGAUCAGAGCUGUUGCUGACUGAAUACACGCCCUGAUUCCAAUGAAAGCACAUGGGAGACGUGAGGUCAUGAGCGGUGGAGGCCCACAGGGACUGUUAGCGCAGGAACUGAGCGAUCAGCCCUUUGCUUUCCUCCUCCUUUCCCUUCUCUCUCCUCAUGUUACACCCUCUGUCACGCUGUCAGGAUGACGGAAAUACCUCAGGGCUCUCUUUUCUGAUUCAGACAGGCUUCCUUCUCCACAACAAAGCGGCUUCAUCAGACAAAAUGGCUCCUGUCAGAGCGGAUUUGGACGAGCCUUAAAUCCCCCCCACGCUCUCGCCCCCGUGUCAGCCACGUUUAUUUGGCUUAUUUGCUUUGCUUUUACUUCAAACCUAAACGUGUAUAUCAAAGUGUCGUCUGUGGAUAUUCUCUCGCUGUCACGUUUGACUGCUUUGACUUCAGGAAGAAAAUAAGGAGGGGGCCCUGCUUCAGAGUAAGGGGGUGGGAGUAAAUGCCUUGCUGAGGGGUCACGUGCUCCUUAGUGGAAUUCCUGAGUCACUGUCCUCCCUCCCUCCUCUUCUAAUGUCUCCUCCCCCCUCUCUACUGCAGUAACACGGCUUCCACUUUUCAAGGCUGCUGAGCGCACAGACAGCAGAUGAAUGGGGCCUGUAUGUGUUUAUGCCAGGACACCAUCCAGAGAGGAAAAUGUUAACCCUUUCCCAGCUUUCUCCCUCCACAGACAACACAUUUAAAAGGAAAGCCGUUUCCUUCCUGGUGGAGCUGUAUCUGCACUGGAGAGCUGGAGUGGAGGCUGUUCUUUCAAACUGUACUGAUUUUGAAAAUUUUUCAGGAAAUUUUAUAUCAUAAACAUCUAUAACUUGUCAGUCCAGGUCAGCAGACUAGUAGGUCAGUGGUGGGUUUGGUUAUGCAAUGGCGCUUUUUCUUGAAUGAAAUUCCUCUUACUUUGCAAUCAGCAGUAGACAGGCCUUUACACUCCUGUAAAUCUGUCACUGGGACUCACAGACAGCCUCUUAGGUCUAACAGAGUUCAUAUGAGUCACAGUUAUUUGAUACUUGAUGGUAAUAAGGAACAUCAAGCUUCUGCAUCACUCCCAUGUGUAGUGGGAAAACCUGAAGUAACAUUCAAAGCCUUGCAUUAAAACCAUGGCCAAAGUAACCUCAGGAUUCACAGUUGUGCUUCUCAUUGCACCUUUUACAUUUUACAAGUUUCUCAUCAAAAUAUAGUUCAAUGAAUGCAAGUACUUUAAAAAGAGGUCAAGUAAAGACUGAUCAUUUCAAAUUAGUACAGGUAUACACAAGCUUUUCUGUUUGUCUGAGGUUUCAUCCUGUUAUCAGGGGAAAAUAUUCUUUUUUUUUUUAAACUCAGAAUAAGGAACACUUGGACUUGUGCAGCGACAGUUACCCAAACCAGCAUCCACGUUUAUGUUCUAUCAGUCGGACAAGUUCACAGACUGAUAACAAAACAACACUGAUAUCUAGCCAUGUCAGUUUGUAAUGAUUUAUUUACUUAAAUGACAAAUAUUAUUCAUAUUGACGUUGGUGUCAGGUCUGUCACUUCACCCUCAGUGAUUUGGCUGCUGAAUAUGGAAGCUGCUGUUUGACUUCAAUAAUGAAUGAAGCCUAACAAAAAAAAAACCCAAAAAAGAGAGACUUGUUAAAGUUUUUUGCAGAUAAUGCUGCUUCUCUUUUCACAGUCCUGAAACCAGACGAUAGCCUUUGGUUUAAAACUACUCGGACUUCCUCCAAGUCCUGGAGAGUCUGGAUUUUUCUUCAGUGCUUCGUGUAACACUUUGAUGUUUCUUUAGCAACAAUUGUUCCUAUUUUUGGUUGGCCUGUAAGAUUGUGUUAACAUGCCAGUUAAAAACCUAAUGAAAUGUUUACAACUAACUUUCAGCUUUGUGAAAAUGAGUCGUAUCUGUAAAUGCUAAGAACAAAACUUCAACCCCACCACACCAGGCGAGGAUCAGUUCAGGGACCUCAGGCCUGUGCUACUAAGAAACUCAUCUAGAGUAAGUGAUUAUUAACUCAUUGUGAGUUCAUACUGUGCAAAGGUUUACAAUACUUCUGAGAAUUUCACACUUUAAGUUGCAAAAAGUUGAUUACUGUGAACUUGAAAAAAGUUCUGCUAACAGAAAAGUCCUCAAUGGGAGCAGUCUUUGUUUUGUCCUCUUCCUUUAAAAUAACACCAAACCUUUCAAGGUACUUUUAAGGUUUUUAAACUUGCCACAGCGCUUCUGUCUCUCCUGUCUCUUCAUGAUGCUGAACUAUUGUCUCUGUGGGGAUCUUCCUCUUCUUGUGACUGAAGUUCAUCGUUUCCAGGCUCUGCCUGUUUUGGCUCACUGCUUUAUGGACCAAUGAAUUUGGGAACAUCUAAAGUACCUGAAAGUUGAGUCACAUUACUGAAAUAUUUAAAGGAAAAUCCCAAACAGCGUUACUUGUUAGCUCCUCGUGUUAUUGUCAGUUAUGCCAGCCUUAUGUCACAGAAAAAAUGAACUUGCAGAGUGGGAACCCUGCCUCGACACAAAGGGCCUUCAGCCUACGGAUCCUUUUGAUGUCUUUCAGCCAAUCGGAUGACCAUAUCAAAGUAGAUCCAGACCUCCGCCCUCUCUCUCAGGAUAGUUCAUCUUUGGCACGAGGUCGGCCUCAGAUUCCAGUCGAACCAGCUCGUUUCUUUUCAUCUGUCACAGAAACUCAACACCCCGAGGGCCUGAAGAGCCAACGGCCCGAGAUUAAUGGGUUUGCUCAAAUUACGUGGCACACAGGAGAAAAACUGGGUUUCUCUCUCUCCUCCUGUCUCCCUCUCUUCACUCUGUUUGUUCAGCUGUUCCUCACCCAAAGCUCAACCCCCUCCAGCACCAAACCGCCUCCUCUUUCCUGACUCUGAAGUGCAGGACUGGGCUGUUGUCUUGAAUUCACGGCUGCAGAACAGCAAACCUCAGCUGUUCACACCUCCAUGAACGCUGCCAGUGACAGCAGCUCCAAUAAAAAAACAAUGUGCCAUGCAGCUAUUUUUAAUAGUAGGAAACUCUACCUGCAGGGCAAAUAAAGAGACUUAUGAUGCCUGGAAACUAGGUCAUAAUCGAGUGAAUCGAUAUGACCUAGUUUCGAUAAAACAUAUAAAAGCUGUUUUCAACUUUGAAGCUCUGUGAUUUGUCCAAGCUGGAAUCAAACAGUGAAGUGUAGUAUACAAAAUAACAUGGCAGUGAGCUUUUACUGGAUUCAGAUUAACAUUACAAAUAACUUAAUGAGGUCAUUUACGCAACAAUGAUUCAUUUUAUGUUAUUUAGAAACAAUCAUUAUGAUGUAAACUGGUCAGAAAGUGGUUGUUGGUGGUGAACUCCUAGCUGUGUACAGUGUUUACAUCCACUUAUUAUUGGUCGUGAAGGUCAGGAUCAUUUUUUUUUUUUAAACUGUUGUUUUCCAGGGUGAAAUGAUUGUACAGUAUUCAUGUUUAAUGACUUCAGAAAACAUGAGUCAUGAUUAAAAGCUUCAAGCAUAAUUCUUGCUGGAUAUUUGACCACUCCUCUCGACAGAGUUGGUAGAGUUCAUUUAAAGUGGUUGGUUUCUUGGUUCGAGCCAGCUCAGCCCUACUUUCAACAGGGUUGAGGUCAAGAUUUUGGGAAUUCCAUUCCAGAAGCUUAAUGUUAGCCUGCUUUAUCCUUCCCACUCCAUCUUUAAUGUGUAUUUGGUAUCAUUGUCCCGUUGGAACAUCCAGUUGUAUCCCAGGACUCAAACUGCAGAUUUAAGGUGAAGUUGAAGAAUUCGAAGGUGAUCUUCCAGUAUUCCAUCCACUAUAUGCAGUGUAUCAGUACCACUGGUACGCAGUACAUGCUUAGGGUAUGUACAUACUGGCAGCAGUACAUGCCCCGAGCAUGAUGCUACCACCACCAUCCUUGACAGUUUAUACAGAGUUCUUGGGUUUCAAAGCUUCAACUUUACUCCUCCAAACUUACCUCUUUUCAUUGUGACCAAACAAUUCCAUCUUUGUCUUGUUUGACCAAAAAGCUUUUCUCCAAAAGGCAGCUGGCUUGUCCAUGUGGACAACUGCAAAUAUUAGUGUAGUUUGUCGUUACUGGUCCGUACACCCUCAGUCCUGACUUCACUGUGAACAGUGCCGCUGGUGUUCCAGCAGGUUUGAGUCUUGAUAGUUUCUUCUCAUCUGACGGUGACCAUGUGGGUCUUAUUCCACUGACUCUUAUAUUAAAAUCACCAAUUUUACAUUAAAAACCUGUACACACUGCUACAAAAGGCUUUUUGGGGCUCAACAGAUAGCUUAGCCCUUCAUAACAACUGAAUGUUAUUUCAUAACUUAGCUACUGGGAUACAGUUGAAGCUUAUGGGGGGUAGCUGCUUCAGGUGACAGUGUUUCGGUCUGCUAGGCCUCACCACUUGUUGGAUUUUUUUCACUGUGCUGGAUCUCUAAAUUGUAGUUUUUUUGCUGCUGGUGAACGUUUUUAAAGUAAUUAUCUUCCAAGAAGUUUGUGCUUCAGCUUUGGUGAGUCUAAUUCCAGUAUGUUAUUAUUCCAUUACCCACCAAUUACCCAAUAUGUCUGUCUGUGAGACAGUUUGCCUCAGCCCGAGGCCCAGAGAGGAAAGCAGCAUUUCUAAAUGUCAUGUGCAUAACUGCUUGCAUUUGUAUUCACUCACACAGGUGAAAUAAUAAAAUGAACAGGAGUAGUUUUGUAGUAAUUCUGUAGAGCAGCAACUGAAAAUAAUUUUUAAAAACUUUAAUUUCAAACAUCCAGUUCUCUGAGAACUCAGUCCUUGCUAACUGCCUAAUUUUGUCAACUAGCAGCUAAAUAUUAGCAGUAAGUGUUGACAUCAACCCCAUGCUGAUGUGCUGUGCUGGCUUUAGGGUGAGCUUGGGUUAACCAUGUGCUCCAGGGUCAUUGUGUCCAAACGAGUCAUUUGUACAUCCAGGGCUGGGGCCUCUCUUCAUUUAGACUGUGUCUAGAUCCUAAUGCUGUUCAAAAGGUCGUGAAAAAUGACCCGAGCUUAGACCAACAUGCUGCUGUCAUACAAUUCGUUGGCCAGGCCCCCACCGCGUCAGCACUUUCCUGUGUACCCUGGGGCAUUACAGACCACCCCCACAUCCUUACCUCCUGGCACACACUCACACACACAUUGUGCUCUGUCAAAAUAAAGGCCUGAAUUCUUCUGUU